AGCCACAUCAUUCUGUGAUAUUCAGUGGAAUAUGGAUACUAAUUUAUGUGAAGAAAAUGAGAUAAAAAUGCAAGCAGAAGUUGCAACAUUGCAAGAUACUUUAUGUGAUAAAAAUCUAAAAACACAAGUAUCUAAUUGUCAAUGUAUGGUUAAUGAUGAGUUGACGUAUACACAAACAAGAGAACAGAGAACGCAUACAGAUGCGACAAGCACUACUUCCAAGCCAAAGAAGAAUAUGACAAAAAUUAAGGUGAAGAAACUUAAAAUUGAAGGAGAACCAAGUUAUGAAUCUACAAAGUUAGAAGAUAGUCCAGCUCAAGUAUUAGAAAGAUUUAAAAGAGGAUGUGAAUGCCAGGAUGAUCAGUGUUUCAAGGGUUUAAAUCCUGAGACUGUAUAUCGACACAGACUAAAUAUUGCAGAGUUAACAAAGGCUGAGCAUGAUAUGUAUUUGAUGGGUGUUACCAUGGCAUGUUUAACAAAUCCAUAUGAAACAGCAAGACAUACAGAACGGCGUAGAUUACGUGCACAAUAUGUGUAUCAGGGCAGAAGAGUUUGUUUAGAUGCUUUUUUAUAUCUAGAAAAUUGUACACAUUAUCAAAUAAAAAGAAUUAGGAAACAUCUAAUGACCCAUGGUGUCACACCCCGAGUUCAUGGCAAUCAUGGAAAAAUUCCACACAAUACAUUUUCCUUAGACAUUUAUAAAAUUGCUACAGAAUUCUUAAAAAAUUUCAUUGAAUUGCAAGAAACAAAACAAAAGACAAAAGUUGCAAAAAAUGCACAAUUACAUCUUCCAUCAGACAUUACACGUAAAGUUGUGUAUGAUUCAUAUAUGCAGUAUUGUAGAAAAAUAUCUCCCGAUACAAAAAUUAUGGGAUACUCAACAUUUAGAAGAUUUAUGAAAGUUCAGUUUCCACAAGUAAAGUUUGCAAAAUUAGAAUUUAUGAUCAGAAAUCAAAGUGUGCAGAAUCAAGAAUGUAGUAAGAUAGAUUUGGAGAAAAAGGAUGUCACUGAUGAAAAAUCAAUUGAAUCAACAGAUUUGAUAACAGAAGGUGGUGCCUUAUUACCUUUAUUAAUUGCUAGUGAAACAGGACAAAGUGAUACUUACUUUUUAACACCAGCUAGUAAAUUGCAAGAUGGUAUGAGUUAUCAGAUAACUACAAGUGGACUUCUAGUCAAUAAAUCAGCAUUACCUGUUUAA